UGAAAAAAGAAAACUAUAUCGAACGAAACCCAAAUUACCCCCAAAGACAUAUUUCGAAUUUUCGAUGAAGCUCUACGAGUUAGUCUAAACUCUGAAAAAAAGUUUAUGAAAUUGCAAUUCCGAGAAAAUAUUCAAAUCACUGACGAUGAUUUAAAACUGCUAGACGACUAUCAGCUUCGUAACAAUGGAGAAGGAAAUGGAAAUUGAUUCUUUCACACAAGGAUCAGUAAAUGAAGUAGAAAAAGGAAAUGGAAAAGCUUUGAUUGUGAUAAUGGUGGGUGCACCUGGCAGUGGCAAGUCUACCUUCUGUGAUCUUGUUAUCGGCGCUUCUUCUCGUUGUUGGAUUCGAAUUUGCCAGGACAAUAUUAAUAAUGGUAAAUCUGGAACAAAAGCUCAAUGCUUAAGCAGUGCAGUUGUUGCACUGAAAGAUAACAAAAGCGUAUUCAUUGACAGAUGCAAUCUAGACAGAGAACAGCGUGCCGAGUUUGUGAAGCUCAGAACCCCCGAGGUUGAUGUUCAUGCAGUGGUGCUUGAUCUGCCUGCUAAGCUCUGUAUCUCACGCUCUGUUAAACGUACAGGACAUGAAGGGAACUUGCAGGGAGGAAAAGCUGCUGCAGUUGUAAAUAGGAUGCUACAGAAGAAGGAACUCCCAAAGCUGAGUGAAGGCUUUUCUCGAAUCACCAUAUGCCAGAGCGAGAGGGAUGUUGAAGAUGCUAUUUCUACGUAUAGCAAGCUUAGAGCACAUGAUAUCCUCCCUUCAGGGUGCUUUGCACAGAAGAGCCCAGAUGCUAAGGUCCAAUCUGGUAUUUUGAAGUUUUUCAAAAAGGUGGAUCCUCCUACUUUGGGUUCUUGUUCAAGUGGGAUGGGAAGUUCUUCCUCUAGCCCAUCGUCAGCAAAAGAAACACAAUUUUGUGAUGGAGGAUCUAAAUCUAAUUACUCUAGAAGUGUAAGUGUUGUGGGGGAGAAGGGAGAUCAUAUGGAAGUGGAUUCAGUUAGUGAUACCGCUACUUUGGCAAAGCCCGUGACUGUUUCUUGUUCCUCAGAUAUAGCCGCCACCCUAGCUUUCCCUUCCAUUUCAACCGCGGACUUUCAGUUUGACCAUGAUAAGGCUUCUGAUAUUAUUGUUGAGAAAGUAGAGGAAUAUUUGAGAAAGCUGAGGAAUGUUAAACUUGUUUUGGUGGAUUUGACUCACAAAUCAAAGAUAUUGUCUUUGGUUAAGGUGAAAGCUGCUAAAAGGAACAUCAGUCCUGAAAAGUUUUUCACUUUUGUUGGAGAUAUUACUUGCCUAUACACUAAAGGAGGCUUACGCUGUAGAGCUAUAGCUAAUGCAGCUAAUUGGCGACUAAAACCUGGAGGUGGGGGUGUGAAUGCUGCUAUAUACAACGCUGCAGGUGCUAGUCUAGAGACUGCAACGAAAGAAAGAGCAAACUCUCUCACUCCAGGAAAGGCCGUUGUCAUUCCCCUUCCUGCCAACUCACCUUUGUUCAUUAAAGAAGGAGUUAAGCAUGUCAUUCAUGUUCUUGGACCAAAUAUGAAUCCCCAAAGGCCAAAUUGUCUGAAGAAUAACUAUGACGAAGGCUGUGAAAUCCUUCGUGAGGCUUACUCUUCACUUUUUGAAGGGUUUGCAUCUAUUGUUGAGACCGAUUUACUGGAAACUAAAGGAAAUAAUGGGGAGAAUCACUCGAAGUCUGAACUAUCGAACCACGGAGCACAGAGAGAUGAUAAUGCUUCCGAACUGAAAAUGAAAAGAGAGAUUGGUUUUGGUGAAGAAAGAAGUAAGAAGUACAAAGGGUUAAAGUAUGAAGUUGGAUCAGGCAACAACAAUAUGGGGAAUUCGAAGGAGCAACAUGAAAAAUUAAAGAAACAUGUCAGUACAUCUAAAUCUUGGGGGUCUUGGGCACAAGCUUUAUACAAUAUAGCAAUGAAUCCUGAGAAGCAUAAAGAUGACGUGCUAGAGAUGACAACUGAUGUUGUUGUACUAAAUGAUGCUUACCCAAAGGCAAAAAGGCACAUUCUUGUGCUCGCACGUUUGGAUCAUUUGGAUAGCCUUGAAGAUGUGCGCCAGGAGCACCUUAAGCUAUUGACAACGAUGCACCAAGUGGGCAUGAAAUGGAUUGAGAGGUUCUUGGCGGAGGAUGAGUCACUAUGUUUUCGCCUUGGGUUCCAUUCCGUUCCGUCAAUGAGGCAGUUGCACCUUCAUGUGAUCAGUCAAGACUUCAACUCGUUGCAUUUAAAGAACAAGAAGCAUUGGAACUCUUUCAAUACUGAUUUCUUUCGAGACGCAGUUGAUGUAAUUGAGGAAGUUGAGAAAUACGGAAAACCCUCGAUACAAGAUGAUAAACUGUUAUCAAAAGAGUUGAGAUGCCACCGCUGUAAGAGUGCACACCCUAAUAUACCUCGUCUUAAAUCACACAUAAGCAAUUGCCAGGCUCCGUUCCCUGCCACACUACUUCUAAAAGGUCGCCUCGUAUGGGGAGCUAACAAAACCGACGCCAGCUCAUAGAUGGUCUAGUUUUGAUUCAUCAUUUGUGAUUUUGGUUUGUAUUCUGAUGUGUUACUCGGUCAGACAAACUUCAAGCUAUAAACCGAGAAGGGUUUGCUGAUGUUAUUGGUUAGGUUUCAAUGCUGUAAAACAUCUUUUCUGUCCACACUGCUAAUGAAUAUACAUAGUCUAGGCAUAUUCAAUUUGUGCAAGCCCAAUGUUCUGAUUUUGCAAUUGUUUUGCAUUCGUAUUUCAUUCUCUCCGAAAAACACUUUUAUGCAAGAGAAACCUCUGGAAACUUUUUUAUUCUUGUCUAUAUAUUGAAUUUAAAUUGGGUGAA